AUGGUGGCUAAUGACGAUGCCAAAUCCAAGGACAAGAGCAGGCCCAAUGACGACACAGAACGAGAGCCAGUUGUCGACUUCAAUGCGCUUCCAUCCGAAGUCGUCCAAUCCUACAUCUCCUUUUACGACCUUGCCCAAUCGUAUCCACCGCUUGACUCGUCGCAGCAGGAAGUCGGAUCGUCCUCCAACGGUCGAAAGCGCAAAGGUCGUGCAGCCUCUCCCGUGCCGACCACAUCGAGUCGUAAGCGCAAUGCAGCAGAGAACAGCGCACUCGAAACCGCAGCUGUCUUGGGCGCCAAUACAAGCAAGACGGCCGAAGACGAGAUCGCCUGCCCUCCGCACUUCUUCGACGCCGACGCCGCCACCAACUACUUGGGCCAGGUUGCAACACAACACUUUGCAUCGCAACCAGCACCGAAGGAAGGAGAAGUCGUCGUCGGCUUCUUGUAUAAGUGUCGAGCCAAAGGUGAGCUCAAUCGGCCACUGGCGCACUUUAGGCUUACAGACACUUCAGCGGACCAGGGCCAGGCACUAGAGCCCUUCGCUCAACGCACUAGGUAG